CUUGUAGGCUGAGAUGAAGCGCACUGCAAAUGGCUUUCUUGAAAAAAGUACCGCAAGAGAACUAAAGCAGUAUGACAGGAUCCAUGUUGCUCCCUUCAAUUGCCAGUUUUAACAGUACUAAAUUAGUUUGAAGUAACACAUUUGCAAAUAACCAUUCUGUCAGCUAUUCACAGAGCCCUCAUCUAAACCCAGUAGCACCAUUUCUUAUCCUGAAACUGAAACAAAACCACACUCGUACCAAACUAAUCCUAAUUUAUACAUUACAGUGAGAUCUGCAGUUGCUUCGGUGGGGCCAUUAAUUGCAGUUGCACAGCACAUAAACAGUUCUAAGUGUGGCUAGAAAAGGAAGUCUGAACAGGAAGACUGUUUUUUCUUGUUUCUUUUCUCAUAUGGAAUGUUUCGUUCCUACUGUGUUUACCUUUCUGCUUCUCACUGCAGUUGCAUCGGAGUAACAUUGCUCUGAAGUGAAAAAAAAACUUUUAAAAAUGAGAGUUAGCAGCAUUUCAAGUGGACGUUUUAAGAGAGCUAAAAUGAAAAAAAUUAAACUGGAGGCACCAAAAUCAUUUGGAGAUGUUGCAGUUGCUUUUACAGAUGAGGAGUGGAAGAUGUUAACUAGAUGGGGGAAGGCUCUACACAGGGAAGUGAUGCUGCAAAAUUACGAGACUAUGAUCUCCUUAGGCUACAAUAUUCCUCUGGAGCACCUGAUGUUAUUAUUACACAUACAGAAAGACCUCCCUGCUCUUGCAAUAAAGAAUAAAGAGGCUGAAGAUCAGGUUUGUCAUCUUAAAGAAUCUCCAAGUAACUCUGAUAUUUCUAAGGAAGACAUGUCACUCUCAGAGAGUCAUGGUAAAGACUGCAGUGUUGAAAUCUCAGAAGAAAAUAAUCAACACCAAAAAUACCAUCCUAAAGAGAUGUGCAAAAGCUCUCAUGUUCCUGAGGAAGACCUUUUAUCACUGUCAGAGACAGGUGAUAAAAUGCAUAUUGCAGAAGUAAAUAAAGAACAGAACAAGAAUCCUACACACCAUCCUGAAGAACAAACUAAUAUUUGUAGGACAGAAUGCAGUGAAAAUCUGAAACCACAACCAGUCCUUAAGGCACACUGUCUGGACAACAAUGAGGAUAAUCCAGAUCAGGCCCUUCAUGGUCAAAAGAGUGUACAGACCACUUGUCUUGUUUCCAGACAACCACAGUUUUUAGAAGGACUAGAACUAAAUAACUGUUUGGGACAGGACAAGAGUUUAACUAAGGUAAAUAGUCCAACAAUGAAUCACUGUGUACCUCUUCUUCCAGAGCUUUGUCAGUAUACUCAAUAUAAAGCUUCUCAGAUCACCUUAGUUGUUGAAUCACUCAAGCAGAUAAAUACUGAAGAAGCAGAAUAUGAAUGUGCUGUCUGUGGAGACAGUAUUGGUCAUCUCCAGUUUUAUCAUCAGUGUCCUGCAGAAAAAAGGAUUCACAAACAUGAAGCAGUUAAUGAGGAUUCUACUCAGCAGAAUGACAUUAUCAAACCACAGCAAAAUUGCAGUAAAGAUAAGCAGCAUCAAUGUGAUCAAUGUGGCACAAGUUUCUCAAGUAAGAAUAACCUUCGAAGACACAGUGAAAUUCAUACAAGAGAUGUUCCAUAUAAAUGUACCGACUGUGAUAGUAGCUUUAUGGAAAAGAGGAGACUCCUAAUGCAUCGGCGUUCUCAUGCUGGAGAAAAGCCAUAUAAAUGUACUGAAUGUGAAAAGACUUUUAUGCAGCGAAGUACUCUGUUAAAACACCAACGAAUUCACACAGGAGAAAGACCAUAUAAAUGUAAUGACUGUGAUAAAACGUUUACAUCACAAAGCAAUCUUUUAGUGCAUCAGCGAAUUCAUCGUGGGGAGAGACCAUAUAAAUGUACUGAAUGUAAUAAGAGUUUUACAUCACAAAGCAACCUAUCAGUGCAUCAUCGAAUUCAUAGUGGGGAGAGACCAUAUAAAUGCACAGAAUGUGACAAGAGUUUUACAGUAAGAAAUAGCCUGACAAAACAUCAAGGAAUUCAUGCAGGAAAAUAUCCACAUAAAUGCCCAGACUGUGGUAAAAGUUAUGCACAUUCCAUACAGUUAGAAAGGCAUCAACAGCUUCACAGUGAAAAGAAAAGUGUAAAAGUUGACAAGAUAUAUAAAUGUACUGAAUGUGAUAAGAGUUAUAAAGUGUUGACUAGCCUUGUUGCUCAUAGACAGAUUCACCGUGGUGAUAAAGUACAUAAGUGUUCCGAAUGUAACAAAACUUUUGCAGCACGUGGUAACUUACUAGUACAUCUUAGAAUUCAUAGAGGUGAAAAACCACAUAAAUGUAUGGAGUGUAACAUGAGAUUUAAUGAUCGAACAUCCCUAGUAAAGCAUCACCGAAUUCAUACUGGAGAAAGGCCUUACAAAUGUGCUGAAUGUGACAAGAGUUAUAUAGACAAGUAUUCUCUUAUAAGACAUCAAGAAGUUCACUCAGGAGAUAAAGCAUAUAAAUGUACUGACUGUGACAAAAGUUUUAAUGUGCAGAGUCGACUUUUAGUGCAUCAGAGACUCCACAGAAGGCCAAGGCCUUAUAAAUGCAAUCAGUGUGAUAAGAGUUACACAGCAUUAAGUAAACUCAUAAGACACAGGGAACAUCACAAUGAGCAGAAAAGUCAUGCAGAGAAAACUCACUCAGGAGACCAAAAUGUUAAUUUCAUAGAGAAACCCUAUAAAUGUCCACAAUGUGACAACAGAUAUAAAGUACGUUCUAGCAUGGUAGCACAUCAACGACUUCACCAUUCAGGGCAAAAGCCCAGUGAAAACAAGCAUCUGCUCGAUAACGAUAAACCUUAUAAAUGUACAGAAUGUGACAAGAGUUAUAAAGUACAGACUAGCCUUAUAACACACAGACGUAUUCACAGUGGAAAUAAACUGUUUAAAUGUAGUAAGUGUGAAAAGUGUUUUACAUCACAAGCCAGCUUGACAAGACAUCAUAUAGUUCACACUGGUGAGAGGCCAUAUAAAUGUACACAGUGCAGUAGCACUUUUACAGGGCAGACAGGCCUAACACAUCACCUACGAACACAUACUGGUGAGAGGCCAUACCAGUGUUCUGAAUGUGACAAAAGCUUUACACGCAAAUGUGAACUUGAAAGGCAUAAGCUGAUCAUGCAUGAGUACUACUGAGAAUAAGAAGUAAAUUAUAUAGUGCUACUGAGGCAGUACACCCCAAUGUUUCAUAAAAGAAUUGACGUGGGCUAGAUGCACUUUACUGUAGAAAAGGAGUAGCAGUCUCAGAAAUAACAUUUAAAAUGUUGAUAAUAUCAUUAUUUAGCAGAUAAAAAGGAAACAUCAAAAGAAGGCACAUUUUUGGGUAUUAAAGGCCUGAAAGGCAAAACUGAAUCAGUUAUGUAGGAAUUUAAAUGUCUGAAGGUUCUAGAAUGAAAUUAAGAAAACAUGUAGUAGACAGGCAGAAAGUAAAUCAAAAAUCAGAUACAAAGUCUACAGAAAUGUAUAAUAAUAAAUUUUGCAAGAUGUGUCAGUGUAGUUUUUGAUAAUUUUUCAUCAUUAGAAUUUGCAUAGAAAAAUACCUGUGCAUUCCUUACAUUCACUGUAUUUCAGACUUUUUAAAUGUCAUGUUUCACCCUCCUUUGUCCGUCGC